AGUCAGUUGCUUCCCUGACAUCAUAGAGUUCGAAUUUUGUUAUUUUCAUUUGUCUAUUCACCAGUAUUUCUCCAUCAAAUAACAACAAAAAAACCAAUCAAUUAUUUUCAUUUAUUUAAUUAUUAUAAUUAAAUAAAUAAUAAUAAAAAUAAAAUUUAUUAUUUAAUAAAUAAAUAAUAUAAAUAUUCAAUAUUAUUUGGUGAAAUUACUGUGACGUGGCAAUGGCAUCACGAGUUGUUGAAUUUUAUCAUAAUAAAAAUGUUUUUAUAACCGGUGGUACUGGCUUUCUUGGAAGUUGUUUAAUUGAUAAAUUAUUAAGAUGUACAAAUGUUAAUAAUAUUUAUUUAUUAAUACGUCCAAAAAAAGGAAAAAAUAUCAAUGAAAGACUUGAAGAAUUAACUAAAAAUUCGGUUUUCGAAAAACUUCGUGAAGAUGGAAAAAGUGAUUGUUUCAAUAAGCUAAUUGCAAUAUCUGGUGAUGUUGGUGAUGAAAAUUUGGGUUUAUCUAGUGAAGAUAGAUUAACUCUUGUUGAACAUGUUAAUAUUAUAUUUCAUUCAGCAGCAACAUUGGACUUUGAAGGUACAUUAAAAGCAGCUAUUGAAACUAAUUUACUUGGAACACGUAGAGUUGUUCAGUUGAGUCAAGAAAUAAGAAAUCUCAAGAGUUUAGUUCAUGUUUCUAGUGCUUAUGUUAAUUCAUUUCUAUUGGAAACAAAAGAACAAAUUUAUCCAGCACCAGCUGAUGUUGUUGAAUUAUUAAAAUUAUCAAAUGAGCUAGAUACAAAUGCUCUUGAAGCAAAAUCACCAGAAUUAUUAAAAGAUCAUCCAAAUUCAUAUACAUUUACAAAACAUUUGGCUGAGCAUGAAGUUGUCAAUGGAAAAGUACCAGCUGGUAUUGUACGUCCCUCCAUGAUUACUGGAGCAUGGCAUGAACCAGUUCCUGGUUGGACAACAUCAAAAAAUGGUCCACAAGGUUUUCUUUUGGGUGCAAGUAAAGGAGUUGUUAGAAGACUUCCAGUUGCAGCUAAUAUUAUUAAUGAUUACAUUCCAGUUGAUAUUGUUGUCAAUGCUUUAAUUGUUGCUGGUUAUGUUGUUGGUCGUGAUGAAAGUGCUGGAAUUAAAGUAUAUCAUUGUACUUCAAGUACUUGCAAUCCAUUUAAAUGGACACAAAUUGAGAAUAAAAUAAAUUCAUAUCUUCAUAAAUAUCCUCUUUGUGGUGCAGUUUGGUAUCCACAUUUAAAAUUAUUACCAUCAAUUUGGCUUUAUCGAAUUUCAUCAAUAUUUGUUCAUUUAAUUCCUGCCUAUAUACUUGAUACUGUCACCAAAGUUGCUGGUGGUCGUCCAAUUCUUGUACGUAUGCAUACAAACAUCAAUAAUUCAUUGGGUCGUUUGGAACGUUUUAUAUUUACCGAGUGGAAAUUUAAUAAUCCAAAAAUGUUGGAGCUACAUGAAUCACUAUCAGCUGAGGAUAAAAAUAUUUUUGGCUUGGAUAUUAGAUCUUUGUGUUGGGAGGAUUACUUUGUUGAACUUACCAAAGGUGUUAGAGUUUAUUUGAGCAAAGAACCAUUGAAAACAUUGAAAAAAGCUCGUUCAAAAGAUAACAUGCUUAUGUUUGCUAAUCUUGGUCUUCAAGCUGCUGUUCUUGGACUCAUUUGGUGGAUUUUUAAAUUAAUUCUUGGUGCAUCUUGGACAAGUACUGGAAUGAUUGUUCCUAUUGUUUAUUUAUUAUUCACUAUGAUUUAAAUAACCAACAAAAAUAUAAAAUAAAUUUAUUUAUUUAUCUUUUUUUCAUCAUAAUAUAAAUAUAUAUAAUUUUUUUUUUUUUUCUAUUUCAAUAAAUUAAUCGUUGGUCAAGGGUUAAAUGAAAAAUAUUAAUGAAAUUUUUUUUUUUUUCUUUUUCAUUAAAUUAAGCUUGAUAAAAUUUAUACAUUAUAUUAUACAUGAUAAUUUAUAAUAAAUCUUUUUAUUAAUAUU